UGGAUUUUUUCCCGAAUCUAACUCCUAGCCUGAGCAUCAACGGUUUCUAUUAUUUCUGUCCCGCGAGCAAUGUAAGGGAGAUAGAGUGCAGACUGCAGAGAGAGGGAGAAAGAAGAAAAGAACCUCUUUUUGAAGGUAGAAAGAGAUCGGUUCUUUGGAAUCUGUUUCCCUCUCCUUUCUCUGCUGAAUUUUCCAGAGAAACCCACGAGAAAAUAAAGAAAGAAGAGAGAGGGAGGGGCGAGAGAAGAAGGGAAGAAAAGCCGAAGGAAACCCAUAAAUUAUUAUUUAUUGAUUUUGAGUGCGAUUUUGAUAUAAAGUUCUGAACUUUUUGGUUGGUUUACUUCGUGAUGGAGUUGGACACAGUGGAGUGUUUGUCAUCCUCAGAUGGGUUCGAUGAGGAUGGGAUCCAUCACCACAGUCUACACCAUCCAUCACAUCCUCAUCUCCACAAUCUUCAUCAAUUCUCUUCAUCAAAGCUUCACAAUGCCAACGGCGGAAAUAAUGGCAAUAUUUUGGGUCCGACGGCGAUCGCUCCUGCCACCAGCGUCCACGAGUUGCUGGAAUGCCCUGUCUGCACCAAUUCCAUGUACCCUCCUAUUCAUCAGUGCCACAAUGGUCACACACUAUGUUCCACCUGUAAAACAAGGGUACAAAACCGAUGCCCCACUUGUAGACAGGAGCUUGGAGAUAUUAGGUGUUUAGCACUGGAGAAGGUGGCUGAGUCACUUGAUUUGCCUUGUAAGUUUUAUAGCUUGGGAUGCCAAGAGAUAUUUCCCUAUUACAGCAAACUUAAGCACGAGACAAUAUGCAACUUUAGGCCAUAUAAUUGUCCAUAUGCUGGAUCAGAGUGUUCUGUUACUGGAGAUAUUCCUUUCCUAGUUACUCAUUUGAGGGAUGACCACAAGGUUGACAUGCACACAGGAUGUACAUUCAACCAUCGUUAUGUUAAGUCCAACCCCCGGGAAGUAGAGAAUGCAACUUGGAUGCUAACGGUCUUCCAUUGUUUUGGGCAAUACUUCUGCCUUCACUUUGAAGCCUUCCAGCUUGGAACAGCACCAGUUUACAUGGCAUUCCUCCGUUUCAUGGGUGAUGAGGCUGAGGCUCGGAAUUAUAGCUACAGCUUAGAGGUUGGGGCAAAUGGCAGGAAGCAGAUAUGGGAAGGUACGCCAAGAAGCGUCCGGGAUAGCCACCGGAAGGUAAGAGAUAGCCACGACGGUCUUAUCAUCCAGCGCAACAUGGCCCUUUUCUUCUCCGGUGGGGAUAGGAAAGAACUGAAAUUGAGAGUUACUGGGAGAAUAUGGAAGGAGCAGCAGAAUUCAGAUGGGGGAGUGUGCAUACCGAACCUUUGUAGUUGAGCAGCUGAUGUUUAAGCCUUUUGUCCAUGAUUGUGUGUUCUCGGAGCUGGACAGUCUGUUGUGUGUUCUACUUCUUGCAUGUGCCAAUAUUUUUUGUUCUCUGGAAUGGUUUUUAAAUGGGUGGCUAUAUCGAGUUUCGGCUUCUAUUAAUCCAGAAAAAUGACCUAAUUGCAAACCCCUAAUGUGACCAAAUGUAUGUAUGAAAUUUAAUUAGGGUUAGGGUUCAGAUAUGUAAAUAUUUUGUAAACACGUGGAUGUUGUUCAACCCAGAACCGAUUUCUUU